CCUAAAGAGAAGAAGAAGAAGAAAGAGGCGGCACCUCGACACCAAUACAAACCAAAGAAGAAGAGAUUGGGCGCGGGUUGUUUGAGUUUCGGUGUGGGAAGCAGUUCUCCCGUCAUGGAGUCCACAGAGAAUAGGUAUGCCCACCUGCUGCAGCCAAUCAGAGAGCUCACCAAGAACUGGGACAUCGACGUGGCGUCUGAGCUCAACGACUACCUAGAGGAGCUGGAUGAGAUGUGCAUCACCUUCGAUGGAGGGAAAACCAGGCUGAACUUUGCAGAAGCUGCGCUGCUCAUUCAGGGAUCCACCUGCAUUUACAGCAAGAAGGUUGAGCUUCUUCACACCCUGGUUUACCAAACGCUGGAGUACAUCAAUGACAAGAACAAGAAGCGGAGCAAAGAGGCGGCGGAGGCUCAGAACGGCGCUGCAGGGGAAACGCAGACGAGCUACGAUGACGACGACGCGUCUUUCACUGCUCUGGACCUGGAGGUGCGUGACUCGUUCCAGAGGUCGGACAACAGCACGAGCGUCAGGAUCGUUCCUCUUCCUCCUGAAUCGCUGAUUCCUCCUGAAACCCAGGAGAAGAACAAGCUGCCUCUCAUCAGUGUGAAGGGCGAGGUGGUGUGCAGCCAGAAGGACUUCAGGAUGAACCUGUUCAUCCCAGGAUCGAAGGACUUGAUCCUGCUAAUUCCUCGAUCGACCGCGUCUUCCAGUUUCCUGCUGGAUCAGCACCUUGAACCCUUCGCCACACAGCAUCCAGCUGAAGCUCCGGCCGCCUUCGAUCAAGACGAUGACGGCGCAGCCGACGCUGCUGAGAACUUCCUUCCUGUCGAGGACAUGGAACAGGAACCAGAGGAACAUGUGGAGCGCCAACAGACCUCAGCUCCAAGUGACGGCCGGAUGAUCCGGGAGAGACGGAAUGUGGAGAAGCAGACGGAGGAGAUGAUCCCAGCUGCUGAGGACGCCUGGAGUCUCCAUGAUCCCUACUCUGUCUUGAAAGCAGACGAGCCCUUAAAAGCAGGAAAGUACUACAAAGUUCCCGAUGGCCUCGAUGAUGGAGGGAAGAGGAAGAGGAAGCGAGCGGCACCCCUGCAGGACUUCAGGAGCUGGUUCAGAGGAGCCUUCAAUCAACCAGUGGUGAAGCUGAAGGUCGGGCCCACGUUCCUAGACCUCAACUACAUCUACCAGAGCACCAUCAAGGACAAAGUGAGGAGACAGAGGAGGAUCUGCAGGCGAGUGGGGUUGGGAACGUCGGAAAAGGAGCUGAAGAGGACCUUCCUGCAGCCAGAGGAGGCGGAGCCUGUGGAGGACUUCAGAUGUGCCGAGUUGCUGGGUGCCGACAACGACGACUCGGACAUGGAACCUGACGGGUUUCCUGAUGACAUUCCUGCAGAGUUUGCCGGAGCUCCAGACUUCAGCCCUGCAGAGGCUCAGAAGGACAAUCUGACGUACGAAGACUUGGUGAUGCUCCGGGUUGAGCAGAUGGUGGUGAACAGUCAGGGCUACGCCCAGGAGACGGCUCUAUCCCGCAGAGUCAAGGAGUGGGAGGAAAAGAUCCGGCCUGAGCUGGCGCUGCAGGAGGAACGCCCCCCGUUUGACAUCCACGACUACGGCGAGCGGAUCGUCAGAGAGCUCGGCGACGUCGGCCGGCGGCGGUUGUUCGCUUCCAUCGUUAGUGGUUUGGACAACAUGGAGGCCUGCAAGUACAUGCUGGCUUCGCUGCAGCUGGCCAACGACUACACGGUGGAGAUCGACAGCACCGUGGGUCUGGAGGGCGUGGACACCAUGGCCCUGACCCUGCUCAGCACCCAGAGGGCCACGGACCGCUUCCACACCUUGUCUGGGCUGUGAGACGGCGCCAUCCAACUUUAACAGAACCCCUUCUUUCUCUUUUCAUAAUUCUAAUAAAACAUUCACUUUAUUUCGUA